UCCUCCCCGGAAACCAGUGACUCUGCCACCAGCAGUAUUGGGGAUGAACUGUGGGGGCCAGGCCUGGGGAGGGCUGAGAGUAAAAGGGCCUGCAGCAGCAAUCAGGCCGUAAGCCAGGCUGACCCCUCAGCGCAGGGCUUGCAGACUCAGCUCCCAGGUCAGCAGUCAUGAGCAGAGGUGCCAACUGCACAGAAGUCACAGAACUGCUAGUGCCCGGAAUCCCCACUGUGACUCAGGCCUGGGGAUUGUGGGCCCUCUUAGGGGCUGCGACGCUGCUGCUUCUCAUCUCACUGGCUGCGCACUUGUUCCGAUGGACUAGUGGCCAGAACAGAAGCCAUCCGGGACAGGGACGCUCUGGAGGAUCUGUGGAAGAGGUCCCCCUAUAUGGGAACCUACCUUAUCUUCAGACUGGUAGGGAACUGGCAAAGGGGAGGGGCACCAAGGCCAUGCAUGUCCUGGGUGGGUGGGAUGAGGGAUGGCAGGAGGAAGAACAAGAAGUGACCAGAUUACUACUGUUCCCUAUCCCAGGUCGGCUGUCUCAAGAACCAGGGCCAGACCAGCAAGAUCCAGCUCCUAGAGACCCCGUCACGAGCACUUCUGGGGGCGCCUUGCUGGGGAAGAUGGACCAAGAGCGUCAGUGGCAUCAACACAGCCAGGGUGAGUGCUGGGGUGGAGGCUGGAGCCCAGCUCAAGCUGUACUUGCUGCUAGAUCAUCGUUAGAAUUUGCACUCAGAGCCACCCCACUCCCAUCACCUGGUGUUGCAAGCUCCCCAGCUCCUGACCCACUCUCCCCGUGGCCUCUAUGACUGUGCUGUCACAACCUCAAGUCUCCACCACUUCACCCUACGGCUUCUGUAGAGGUAAGUCUGGCUUAAUAGACCUUUCUGAGGUUUCAGGGCCAGAAGAUAGUGGAAGCCAGGCUUCUACUUCCAAACAUCUCUCCUUCCCACUCACAGUCCCAGAGAAAACCAGAGUAGGGAACCGUGCUCCUGAGCCUUACCUGGUGGUCCCAAUAAGGCAGACCCUCUACACACACAGAGAGAAUAACCCAAAUGCCAGAUCCGCCUCCGUGGACCUCAACUUGGGCCUCCCUCAGCAGAGGCGCCGGUCGCGGUAGGAACAGGCUGCUGAGGCUGUGUGGGAGGGAAGGUGGCUUUGGGGGCCGGCACCGGAUGCGGGGAACCACUGGCAGCGGGAUGUGGGGUUCUGAGGAUUGCUAGUCUGCAGACCGCUCAAUUCCGCGGACUGGGGGACGUGAAAGACAGGUUCUGUAAGAGAAGGGGCUUGGGGUCCCGCCAACCCACUGGGACGAGCGGAAAACUGCAGCCGAAGCCUCAACCACCACCAUCGCAGGACUUAACACUCCGCCUUACAUCCACUCUGUCCAUCUCGGGACCAAACCCGGAGCGCCCCCGUCAGGCACAUCGCAGCCUUGCCACGGUCUCUGCGCAUGCGUAAAACUGCCCCGCCCACAGCAUUCUGGGAAAUGUAGUCCCGACAGUUCCCCACCCUUCCUCCCUUAAUCUUACCCGCCCCACGAGUUUAGCCCUACCCUUCGC